UAAGCAUUGUUAAUUGACAAAUCGCUUUGCGGAAUAUUACCAUUGACAGUCAGCCUUUGCUCUCUAAAUGCAUAUCAUUUGGCUAGCUGGCAUUGCGGUGAUGAUCAUUGGGAGCGUCGAUUCGCGACCCAACUCCAUACCGUCGAAUCCGUUGCUGACUCCAGCUAACCGUUUUAAACGCCAGUGGGGGUUUGUGCCACCAGAAGCAUUUGCUACGAUUAAUCGGUGGGUGACCCAAUCAACGACAGAGCCGCCAAGACCGACGUGUCCGAUGUUUGUCCCAAUGCCGGGUUACAUGAGUUUUACGUCUUCCAAAGUUGAGUGGCGUUGUUGCGUCAUAGACGACAGUAAGCAUCCAAUUAGCACAGCUGUGUGGUGUGAGUAACGGGUUUCCAGCGAAUAAUGCUUGCAGAAUACUUCUAUAUUUACGAGGAUAAAGUCA